UGGUCGCGAUUUUGUGUUUGCACGUUUUUCAAGAGUAUCUAAAAUCUAGACGAGUAGUUUAUUAGUAAUACAUAUUUUUUUUUAAUUUCUUAUUAUGAGGUUACACUGUUACAGUUCAAUUACAACUACUUCUUUAGAAUCAGUGUGUCCUGAAACGUUCUUAUACUACAAUUUACACUUUCCCUUGCAUGUUUUGAGUCGAAGUCUCCUUGCUACAGAUUGAAGCAAAUGGACCGGCUUAAUUCAUCUAAAAUGAUUUGGUUUCAAUGCGCUCAGUUGUAAUAUGUAGACUUAAAUUGGACCGGAUAGUGUUAUUAAAAAUAUCGAUUUAUAAAAAUGAUGGCUGCAAUGGCAUCUGGCGGUCCAGGGGACCCGCACACUCAAAUGAACACAUAUCGUAGUUAUGUGACUAUGUUAGCAGACCCUGGCGCAAAAGAUGAAAUAAAACUUAAGGCUGCUCAGGAGCUAAGUGAAAAUUUUGAGGUUAUUCUCAGUUCACCUCAGUAUCCACAGUUUCUUGACCACUCACUAAAAAUAUUUCUGAAGAUUUUACAAGAAGGCGAGCCUCAUUUUAUUGCUGAGUAUAACAUUCAGCAAGUCAGGAAACUAAUUUUGGAAAUGAUACAUCGCUUACCCAUAAGUGAAACACUGAGACCAUAUGUGAAAAGUAUUCUCAUAUUAAUGCUAAAGUUAAUGGAAAUUGAAAAUGAAGAGAAUGUGUUAGUCUGUUUGAAAAUAUUUAUGGAACUCCACAAACAAUACAGACCUGCUUACUGUGCUGAAGUUGAUAUACAUAAGUUUUUACAGUGGGUUAAAGCAAUCUACGUAGAUUUACCAAAUCAUUUACCAAAAAUAUUUGAACCAAGGCCAUCAAUCAGAGUGAAAGACUUGUCUGAAGUAAACAUAGAGCAGCUACUUCAGGAGACUUAUACAACUGCACCUAUUCACACCGAGAAGAAGUUACUGGACGGAAGUGUUGUAACGUAUAAUUUAAUACCAAGAUCUGUAAUAUCACUAAAAGUAAUUCAAGAGCUACCAAUCAUAGUGGUCCUUAUGUAUCAGUUGUAUAAACAGAAUGUUCAUCAAGAAGUAAGCAACUUUAUACCAUUGAUAAUGGACACUAUUACACUACAACCGACAAACACUCUCAGGCAAUCAUCAACAUUUAGCAAAGAAGUAUUUGUUGACUUCAUGGGUGCGCAAAUUAAGACUUUGGCUUUUCUAGCCUACAUUAUAAGAAUAUAUCAGGAUACUAUAGCAAACCAUGCUACUAUGAUGGUCAAAGGAAUCAUUGGGCUUUUAACAUCAUGUCCACCUGAAGUUGCUCAUUUGAGAAAGGAGUUGGUGAUUGCUACACGACAUAUCCUUGCUACCGAUUUAAGACUAAAAUUUGUCCCUUAUAUGGAACGGUUAUUUGAUGAGAAUGUCCUGUUGGGUGGGGGCUGGACCGUGCACGAGUCAUUGCGACCACUUGCCUACUCGACUCUAGCUGAUCUGGUGCACCAUGUCCGGCAGCAUUUGCCCAUCACUGACUUAGCAAUAGCCGCUCAUUUGUUUUCCAAAAAUGUUCAUGACGAAUCACUUCCUACCAGUAUACAAACAAUGUCGUGCAAGCUGCUUCUGAACUUAGUGGACUGUAUUAGACAGAGAUCCGAGAGUGAAAAUGCAGGAAGUGGCCAACCACAAGGGCGUCAGUUACUAAUGCGUAUUCUGGAAGUGUUUGUGCUCAAAUUCAAGACCAUUUCCAAGCUACAAUUACCAGCCCUAAUGGCCAAAUAUAAACAGUCAUCUCCUGCACCGAACGCAACUCCUACCAAUGGAACAGCACCAAGCACCCCGAUAGCGACUACGCCCACCUCCUCCUCAGUAGAAAUCAAAUUAGAAGACGAAAAGGCUACACCCGACUUUCUAGAUGGCCUGAAUAAAGCUGAGGAGAAAUCCAGGAUUGGUUUCCCGACAUCACAGAUGGGGAACUUAAAUGUUGGCGAUUACAGAACAUUAGUAAAGACGUUGGUCUGUGGCGUUAAGACGAUCACAUGGGGCUGUGCUUCCUGCAAGACAACAACGAACGGAGAAGGCACGGCCACUACUACAAUAACGGGUCAGAAACAGUUGAGCGCCCGCGAGACCCUCGUGUACAUCAGGCUCGUGAAGUGGGGUCUUCAGUCGCUCGACAUCUACACUCUGUCGACGCCUAGGCUCCCGACACACCCGCCCGCACAGCUCAAUGUGCGGACCAAAGAGGAGAAAGAAGUUCUUGAACAUUUCAGUGGAGUUUUUUCAAUGAUGAACCCACAAACUUUCCAAGAGAUAUUUACCGCCACCAUUUCUCACAUGGUAGAGAGAAUCAAUAAAAAUACAACGCUUCAAGUCAUAGCUAACACAUUUCUGUCGAAUCCGGCAACAUCACCAAUAUUUGCUACUGUGCUCGUAGAAUAUUUACUUAAAAGAAUGGAGGAAAUGGGAUCAAACGUAGAGAGAUCAAAUCUUUAUCUCAGGUUAUUCAAAUUAGUAUUUGGUUCCGUGUCACUGUUUCCUACUGAAAAUGAACAAAUGUUACGGCCCCAUUUACAUAGUAUUGUCAACAAAGCUAUGGACUAUGCUAUGACAGCUAAGGAACCUUAUAAUUACUUUUUGCUUCUAAGAGCACUGUUUCGCUCCAUCGGCGGAGGAAGUCAUGAUUUAUUGUAUCAAGAAUUCCUACCUCUACUUCCGAAUUUGUUAGAAGGUCUGAAUCGUCUACAAAGCGGAUUGCACAAGCAACAUAUGAAGGAUUUGUUUGUUGAACUAUGCUUAACUGUGCCGGUGAGACUGAGUAGUCUAUUACCAUAUCUGCCAAUGUUAAUGGACCCGUUAGUUUCUGCUCUCAAUGGGUCCCACACUCUUAUAUCACAAGGUCUGAGGACUUUAGAGUUGUGCGUGGACAAUCUACAGCCAGAUUUUCUUUACGAGCAUAUUCAACCAGUUAGGGCGGAUCUGAUGCAGGCUCUGUGGAGGACAUUACAAAACAACGAAGUUGCUAGAAUAGCCUUUCGAGUACUUGGUAAAUUUGGUGGCGGGAAUCGAAAGAUGAUGAUCGAACCUCAAAGAUUGGAGUAUCGCGAAACUGACGCGCCUCCGCCCGCUAUACUGACGUAUUUCCAAGAUCAAGCCAAACCCAUUGAUUUUGAGGUCGACAAGGUUAUAGAGACAGCAUUUUCUGCGCUAAAAUCCAGUACAACCGAUCCGUUUUAUCGGCGCCAAUGUUGGGAAGUACUGCGAUGUUACUUAGCAGCGUCUCUCAAUUUAGACGACGAUCGCGCCACGCUGCAAAAACUUUUCAACCAUCCCAGUUUCACGGAGGGAAAGAUUCCUGCACAGAGCGGGCCCUAUUAUAAAUGUUCAAAUUCUAUUGUUAGAAACACACAUCGUACGGCGCUGACGGGCAUGUUUGUCGCGGCGGCUAUUAAAGAAUUGCGUCAUCACGUUUUGCCAACGAUGGUAUCACUCGUCCGUCAUUAUACUCUAGUAGCAAUAGCGCAGGAGGCCGGCCCGUUUGCCGGGUCUGGUGGUCCUAAAGAAGGCCUGGACGCCUUAGUAUUGGUAGAUGCGAUUGCGGUUGUAAUGGGACACGAAGAAAAAGAGCUCUGUAAGCCUGGACAUCUGGCGCUCGUGUUGAUGAUAGAGACGGCAGCGACCGUACUCGGAAGUAAGGAACGUGCCUGCAAGCUGCCGCUAAUGGAAUACCUAGCGGAGAGAAUGUCAGCGCUUUGCUACGAGCGCGCCUGGUACGCCAAGCUGGGAGGCUGUAUCGCCGUUAAGUUCAUGUUCGAGAAAAUGGCACCCGAAUGGGUGUACAAGCAUGUGUUCACGUUUUUAAAGGCAGUGUUGUUUGUGAUGAUGGAUUUAACAGGUGAAGUGUCGUCAGGGGCGUUAGACAUGGCCACUGUGAACUUGGAGCGCUUGUUGCGCGUGUGCGUGAACGGCCCCAGUGGACAGAGCGCGGAGCUGGAAGGAGAGGUCGCGGCCGCCAAGAGCCGGGCGCUGCACGAUGUGUUACAGGAGCUUGUUCUGCAAGUCACUAGUCCACAUCUACUAGUUAGACAACAGGCAAUGAAGUCUUUGGAACUUAUAGCUGAGCUUCAAAACAAGACGGUGACAGAGGUGAUGGACCCUCACAGAGAUGUACUGGCUGAGAUCAUUCCUCCCAAGAAGCACUUGUUACGUCACCAGCCAGCCAACGCGCAGAUGGGGCUCAUGGACGGCACCACAUUCUGCACUACACUCAAGCCGAGAUUGUUUACAUUAGAUCUAAAUAUAAACGAACACAAAGUGUUCUUCCGUGAGUUGUUAUCUCUGUGUGAAGCUGAGGACACUGUGCUCGGUAAGCUGCCGUGCUACAAGGGAGUCAACUUGAUCCCGCUGCGUAUAUCCACCCUCAGAGCCCUAGCCACCUGCCACUACAUACAGGAGAAGCAUUGCAGGGAGAAGAUAUUCCAAGUGCUGUACAAGUCCCUAGAGAAGAAUGACCCUGAGUUACAACAGGCUGGCUUUGAAUGCAUGCAGAAGUUCCUCUCUGGGUUCCAAAUAGACAUGGACAUGGUGCACCCGGUGAUGCGGCCCCUGCUGCUCACGCUAGGUGAUCACCGCAACCUGAGCGUGAACGGUGCCAAGCGCCUGUCGUACCUCACGCAGCUGUUCCCCUCCACGUUUAGCGAGAAGCUGUGUGAACAGCUACUGCAGUUGCUGAAGAAAUUGUUGGACUAUUCCAUACAAACUAAUAGAGGAGGAAACUUCCUUCAAAGUGUUUCCAAAAACAUGGAAAACGAGCAGAAAAUAAUAAUUCUAAUUGGUAUCUUCCAUCAAAUACCUGCCGCGUCGCCGAGAUUCAUUGAUGUGCUGUGUCGGCUUAUAUUCCACACGGAGAAAUCUCUCAUGGUUGAGGCUGGCUCACCCUUUAGAGAUCCCUUGGUCAAAUUCCUUCUCAGGUAUCCUAAGGAGACACUGGAUCUUAUAAUGAGCGACAAUAAUAUAAAAGAGCAGCAAUGGAGCAGAUUUCUGAUAUAUUUAAUUAAGAAUGAAGAAGCUGGCCCGGCCUUCAGGGAGGCUUUGCAGACCACUAAGAAACAGAGGCUGCUGCAAUUGUUGGCAGCCAAUACUGGUGGAGCUCUGGCCAACAUGCCUCAAGUGGAUAAAGCAGAGAUGCAGUUCCAAGGUGUGAGGGUUAUUUGGAUGUUGAUCAAGUUUGACGAGCAGUGGCUGUCGACUCAACAUGACGUUAUCGAGUUACUCAAACGUAUCUGGUGUAACGAUCAGUACCAUGAGGUGCACAAGAAAGUAGAAAAUGUGGACUGUACUCACUGGAGGGAACCCAAACUGAUAGUGAAAAUAUUGCUCCAUUAUUUUUGCCACCAUCCAUCCAAUAUCGAUCUGUUGUUCCAACUGUUGCGAGCGCUUUGCGAUCGAUUCAUACCGGACUUCCAGUUCCUGCGUGAUUUCUUAGAGAACACAGUGGCACAGAAGUAUUCCGUGGAAUGGAAGCGUUCCGCGUUUUUCCGAUUCGUGGAACACUUCUCUAGCGACGCCAUGUCGCAGGAGUUGAAGGCCAAGGUGCUGCAGAUGAUCCUGAUCCCGUGCUUCGCGGUCAGCUUCGAGAAGGGAGAGAAGAUUGUGGGAGGCCCGCCCGCUCCCUACCAGGACAACCCCGACAAUGUGGUUUCUGUGUUUAUAAACAAUGUGAUAGAUCCAGAGAAUCCGUUCGCGUGUUCGGACGCGGUGCGCAUAUCGCUGCUGCAGUUCGCGUGCCUGCUGCUGGAGCAGGCGUCGGCGCACAUCCACGACGCCAACAACAAGAAGCAGGGCAACAAGCUGCGGAGGCUCAUGACCUUCGCCUGGCCCUGCCUGCUCGCCAAGAACUAUGUCGAUCCGGCCACUAGAUACCACGGACAUUUAUUACUGAGCCACAUUAUAGCGAAGUUCGCUAUUCACAAGAGAAUUGUUUUGCAAGUGUUCCACAGCCUGCUGAAGGCGCACGCGGUCGAGGCCCGCGCCGUGGUGCGGCAGGCGCUGGAGAUCCUCACGCCCGCCAUGCCGCAGAGGAUGGAGGACGGCAACACCAUGCUGACGCACUGGACCAAGAAGAUCAUCGUGGAGGAUGGCCACUCGGUGCAGCAGCUCUUCCACAUACUGCAGCUCGUGGUCCGCCACUACAAGGUGUACUACCCCGUGCGGCACGCGCUCGUGGGCCACAUGGUGGCGGCCAUGCAGCGGCUCGGGUUCUCGGGCAGCGCCUCGCUGGAGCACCGGCGCCUGGCCGUGGACCUGGCCGAGGUGGCGCUCAAGUGGGAGCUGCAACGCAUCAGGGAACAUUCCACCGACGACAAUAUCGUGGCUACAUCACCGAGUGGUGCGUUAAAGCGCGUGUCUUCGGACGACAACAGCAACGAGUCCCGCAAAGCCCUGAACACGGGGUGGGCAAGUCCGCAGACAUCCACCGCGAGGCUGGAGCCCGACGCUGCCAAACCGCUGGACCGGCACCAUGUGGACGUGGUCGUCAACCUGCUGCUGCGUCUAGCCUGCCAGGUGAGCGAGGCGGCGGGGGCGAGCGGCUCGGCGAGCGGUGCGGCGAGCGGAGCGGCGAGCGCGGGCUCGGCGGUGGGCUCGCCCGCCGAGCAGCUGUCCCGGCGCUGCGUGCUGCUACUCAAGGCCGCGCUCAAGCCCGACGUGUGGUCGCAUCAGUGCGAACCUAAGCUCGCGUGGCUGGAUAAGGUAUUCUCGUCCGCGGAGGGCAACGCCGGCGCCUCAGCCAACGCGUGCACGGCUCUGGAGCUGCUGGUGUUCGUGGCGGGCGCGGUGCGGCGCGAGCAGCUGCUGAGCGCGCUCCAGCCGCUGCAGCGCGGGCUGGCCGCCUGCGUGGCGUCCGCCAACCCGCGUGUGGUGCGCCUCACGCACAACCUGCUCGCCAAGCUCACGGCGCUGUUCCCGCCGGAGCCGUCCGCCGCCGCGCAGGCCUCCAAGUAUGAAGAGCUCGAGACUUUAUACGCAUCUGUGAGCAAGUACGGCUUUGAAGGAUUAGCCAAUUACGAGAAAUCGGCGCCCGGAACCGGUGCUAGUGCGUUGUUGGGACCGCUUAUGAUGUUGAAGGCCUGCUGCGCCGCCAGCCCGGGCUACGUGGACCGGCUCGUGCCGCCGCUGACGCGCGUGCUGCAGCGCCUGGCGCGCGAGCACGUGGCGCCCGAGCCCGACCCGCCCGCCGCCGACCUGCUCAUACUAGCUUUAGAUCUUUUGAAGGCGAGAGUCUCUGUUAUGUCGCUAGAGACAAGAAAAACGUUUAUUGGCACCAUAUUAGUGGGACUUAUUGAGAAAACGAAUGACGCCAAGGUUAUGAAGGCGAUCACUCGCAUGGUUGAAGAAUGGGUGAAGACUCGUAGCCCGGGAGCGGCGUCCGGCAGCGCUAGUGUGGCGCCCUCGCUCCGUGAGAAGUCCAUAUUGCUGGUGAAAUUGAUGCAGUACGUUGAGAAACGGUUCCCCGACGAUUUGGAGCUCAAUGCACACUUCUUGGAUCUUGUUAAUUAUGUUUAUAGAGACGAGCAGUUGAAAGUAACGGAGCUGUCCAUGAAGCUGGAGCCCGCGUUCCUGAGCGGGCUGCGCUGCCCCCAGCCGCUGGUCCGCGCCAAGUUCUUCGAGGUGUUCGACGGCAGCGUGCGGCGCCGCCUCUACGACCGCCUGCUGUACGUGGUGUGCUCGCAGAACUGGGAGCACAUAGGCCAGCACUUCUGGAUCAAACAGUGCCUCGAGCUCCUGUUAGUCACCUGCGUCUCCACCACACAAAUCCGGUUGUCGAAUCCAAAGUACCUUCUGCCGAAUAUAAGCGCCGUAAUAAGUUCGGCCGACAGCGAGGAGCGGAAGUCGUUUACGAUCCUCAGUAACGUGAAGGAGGAGGCGGCGGAUGGCUUUAGUGACUCACUGGAGGCCGAUAAGGAAGACGUCUUAGAUAUGGACCUGGAUUCCAAUUCGAACCAGAAAGAUGACUUGACACGAAAUGCUCCCAACAGGCAGCGGUCGUUGAACCAGAUAGUGGCCAAGCAGUCGGAGUUCGUGGAGCUGGCCCGCCGCGUGCGCUGCGAGCAGCUGGUGGCGGCCACGGCGCAGCUGUGCCACCUGGACGACGCGCUGGCGCACCACACUUGGCUGCGGCUGCUGCCCCGCCUGUGGGCCGCGCUCGACGACCGGCAGCUGCCCACUUUAAUGAACGAAGUGGUGCCGUUUAUAAUAUCAGGUGUACACGUCAUUCAACGCGACCAGCCCCUCAGUGCGUUGAACACCUUCAUAGAAGCACUGGCCCGCUGUAGUCCGACUGUUUCUAUUAAACCCCCAAUGAUGAAAUACCUCGGAAAAACACACAACUUGUGGCAUCGAAUGACGCUCAACCUCGAACAAAUGGCGAUCGACCAAGCAGCUGGCCGCCCCACCAGGGACGCGCUUGAGAUAUACGACUAUGACGUUGAAACUACGUUACCUUCUGAGAUAUUGGACUCAUUGAGCGACAUGUACGAGCUGUUACAAGAAGAGGACAUGUGGUCGGGCUUGUGGCAGAAACACGCGCGCUACCGGGAGACCAACGUCGCUAUCGCUUACGAGCAGCAGGGAUUCUUCGAACUGGCUCAGGCAGCCUAUGAUGUCGCCAUGACCAAACUGAAGCAAGAGUACUCCACAAAUCCCUCAUCAUACAGCAUGCACAAGGAGUGUACUCUGUGGACUCAACAUUGGAUCAAAUGCGCCAAGGAGUUGAACCAAUGGGACUCCUUACUCGAGCUGGGAUUGACAAGAACCGCUCGCGAUCCAUUCUUGAUAUUGGAAAGUUCAUGGCGAAACCCAAACUGGCCAACCAUGAAAGAGGCUUUAGCUGAAGUGGAAUAUAAUUGUCCUAAAGAAUUGGCGUGGGUGGUGAACCUGUACCGCGGCUACCUGUGCAUCUGCGCCGGCGGCGACACGCAGCUGGGCGGCGUGGAGCGGCACGCGGAAGCGGCGGCGGCGCAGUGCCUGCGCGAGUGGCGCCGCCUGCCGCGCCUCGUGGGCCCCGCGCACCUGCCGCUGCUGAGGGCGGCGCAGCAGCUCAUGGAGCUGAGCGAGGCGGCGCAGAUACACACGGGCUUAGUGCACAGCCGGCCCACGUCGCUGCACGACAUGAAGGCCAUCGUCAAGACCUGGCGCAACCGGCUGCCCGUGGUGGCCGACCCGCUGUCCCACUGGGGCGCCAUCUUCACGUGGCGCCAGCACCACUACCAGUUCAUCGCGUCCCACUACGACUCGCAGGCCGACCACGGCUCCAACCACAGCAUGCUAGGGGUGCAUGCCAGCGCGCAGGCGAUAAUCCAUUUCGCAAAAAUAGCAAGAAAACACAAUCUAUCGGGCGUGUGUCUCGACUCACUACAUCGCAUCUACACGAUACCGAGUGUGCCAAUCGUGGAUUGCUUCCAGAAGAUACGGCAGCAGGUCAAGUGUCACAUUCAGAUGUCUUGGACCGAGGGCAAGGACGAGUUGCAAGAAGGCUUGGACAUGAUCGAGUCCACCAACUUCAAGUAUUUCACCAAGGAAAUGACGGCAGAGUUCUACGCUUUCAAAGGAUUGCUAUUGGCUCAGUUGGGACGUUCGGAGGAUGCGAACAAAGCGUUCGCGGCCGCGGUCCAACUCCACGACACACUGGUGAAAGCUUGGGCGCUGUGGGGAGAUUACUUGGAGCAGAUAUUCAUUAAAGAUCCGCGACAGAUCCAAGCCGGAGUCUCCGCCAUGACGUGCUUCCUGCACGCUUGCCGACAUCAGAACGAGUCCAAAUCGAGGAAAUAUUGUGCAAAGGUAUUGUGGAUGCUGAGUUUCGACGACGACAAGGGCAGCUUGUCGGAGGCGCUCGACAAGUACAGUGUGGGUGUGCCGCCCGUGCAGUGGCUGCCCUGGAUACCACAGCUCCUGGCGUGCCUCGUGCACAACGACGGAAACGUGAUCCUCAACCUGCUCAGCCACGUGGGGCGCCUGUACCCGCAGGCGGUGUACUUCCCCAUCCGCACGCUGUACCUCACGCUCAAGAUAGAACAGCGCGAGAGACACAAGACAGCGGAGGUGGCCGCUCACCAGGUGCAGGUGCCGAGUACGUCAACGGGGGUGAAGGCUGCCGACGGGAGCGCGUCUUGCGGCGCGGCCGACGCGGGGCCCAUCAAGGCCACACUGCCCAUGUGGCGCUGCUCCAAGAUCAUGCAGAUGCAGCGGGAGAUACACCCCACCGUGCUGUCCUCGCUCGAGGGGAUCGUGGACCAGAUGGUGUGGUUCCGCGAGAACUGGUACGAGGAGGUGCUGCGCCAGCUGCGCGCCGGCCUGUCCAAGUGCCACGUGGUGGCCUUCCACCACCGCGCCGCCGUGGCCGGGGCCACCGUCACGCCGCACACGCUCAACUUCAUCAAGAAGGUCGUCUCCACCUUCGGCAUCGGCGUCGGCAUGACCGCGUCGGAGAGCCUGGCGAGACGGGCCCAGGCCACUAUGCAGGACCCCGUAUUCCACAAGAUGAAGACUCACUUUACUGCCGAUUUUGACUUCACGCAACCCAACGCAAUGAAACUACAGAAUCUGAUACAAAAACUGAGAAAGUGGGUCAAGAUACUCGAGGCGAAAACAAAGGUUCUGCCCAAAUCAUUUCUCAUAGAGGAGAAAUGCAGAUUCCUCUCCAACUUCAGCCUGAAGACGGCCGAAGUAGAGUUACCCGGGGAGUUCUUGUUGCCGAAGCACACGCACUACCACGUUCGCAUUGCGCGCUUCAUGCCGCGAGUUGACAUUGUGCAGAAGCACAACACCUCGACCCGGCGCCUCUACAUCCGCGGACACAACGGCAAGAUCUACCCCUACCUGGUGAUCAACGACACCGGCCUGGGCGACGCGCGCCGCGAGGAGCGCGUGCUGCAGCUGCUACGAAUGCUCAAUCAUUAUCUAGGCAAGCAGAAGGAGACUUCCAGAAGGUUCCUGCACUUUACCGUCCCGAGAGUGGUGUCGGUGUCGCCUCAGAUGCGGCUCAUCGAGGACAACCCCAGCUCGUUGUCGCUCUUGGACAUAUACAGGACCGAAUGUGCCAAUAGGGGCUUGGAGUUCGACGCGCCGGUGUGGCGCUACUACGAGCGGCUGGCGGCCGUGCAGGCGCGGGGCUCUCAGGCGUCGCACCAGGUGCUGCGGGACAUUCUCAGAGAGGUGCAGGCUACCAUGGUGCCCAAGGGCAUGGUCCGCGAGUGGGCGGCCGCCACGUUCCCCGCGCCCACGGACUACUGGACCUUCCGCAAGAUGCUGACCUUGCAGCUGGCGCUGGCCAGCUUCGCGGAGUACGUGCUGUACCUGACGCGGCUCAACCCCGACAUGAUGUACGUCCACCAGGACUCCGGCCUGCUCAACGUGGCCUACUUCAAGUUUGACGUUGAAGACACCACAGGUGAGCUCGACGGCAACCGGCCUGUGCCGUUCCGCCUCACGCCCAACAUAUCGGAGCUGCUGACGUCCAUCGGCGUGACGGGGCCUCUCACCGCCUCCAUCAUCGCCGUCGCCCGGUGCCUCGUCACGCCCAACUUUAAGAUCCAGUCAAUCCUGCGGACGAUAUUGCGAGACGAAAUGGUGACGGGGUACCGGAAGCGCUUAGAGGACAAGUCCGGAAACCCGACAGCGGGAACCUCGUCCGAGAACAAGUCGGCGGACAUCGACAACGAGACCAUCGUGAACAUGGUCAACAAGUCCGUCACCAUGAUCAUGAACAGGCUCAACUCUCUGGCGCUGUUCGACGGACCCGACAGCAAGGCGGCCACGUUGGUGACGGCCGCUAGCAGCCACGACAACCUGUGCCGCGUCGACCCCGCAUGGCAUCCCUGGCUCUAGGGCCGCUCAUAUCAUAUGUAAUGUUAUAAUAUUAUUGUGUAUGGUCACCAUCGACCGCUGUUCAAUUUGAAUCGCGGCUCCGUAUGAUGGCCGAUUUGACAUUUGUUCGCUCAUGGGAGGAACCUACCUGGAAAUGAACAACGCGAUUGAAUGUAAAAUUACUGUUAAUUAUGUAAAAUAUUUUGCGAAAUGACACAAAACACGUCACGUUCCAAUUGAAAUUUGUGUAAGAUUUGCACGGCUACGACUGUGAGCUGGCACCUAUCAUAUUGUGUACGUUCUGUAUUGUAACAGAAAGUCGCUUUGGACGUUGUUCUUAAUUAUAACACCAACUCAAAAUUGGACCAACAAAAAUAAAAUUGUAAUACAUAUGAUAUGGUCGAUAGUAGGUGUCCAACAAUCUGUAACUGACAGUGUAAUAGUGAUACUUGUUGUGUUGGUUUCUGACUGAUUAUACUGAUCUUUUAACUCUUAAGUGUAUUAUUAACAAUAAGAACUCGCGUUAAGUGAGUAAUUUGAUUUAAAAUAUAUUUUAAUUUAUUACCAACAAUUUCAAGCUACAUUGAUUCUCCACAUGUCUAUAAUCAUGUUUUGUUUUUUGUUUCCCAAUCCCCGACUUUGAAUAGUUUGAAAAGUGUAUUUGGUUGGCAUUUACGUACAAUUUUUUGAAAAGAUUCAACAGGAAUUCACCAACUUUUUGGUAUGAACUACUAAAGGCUUUGCAUUUUAAAUCAAGCUGUAAAAAUUACCAAGAAAGUUGAAUGUCAGUUUUAUGAAUAUAUUGGGUUCAUAUAUUUAUAAGCAAGGCUUGGAACUGUUAAUUAUUUCAUUUGGAGUGUAGUCGAUAUGGCAGUUGUCUUAAAACCUUUAUUAACCGGUUAACUCCGACCACCGUACGUAUCAACAGGUAGACUCGCCUCUCGUAUUUGGUAAACGUCACCACAAUUGAAACGGUUCUCCGACUCGGCGAUGAGAAAAACCGGUUUAUUCUAAACCUUGAUCAACUUAAAGACCCAAGUUCGAAUUAUUUAAGAUUUUUUUUUUAUAAAAGAAGCUUUAUUUUAAAAAAAAUUUUGGGUUCCAAGCCUUGGCUAUAAAUAGUUUGAAUCACACUUGUUAUGAAAUUGUAUUGCAACCUUCGUGGAGUUAACUCGUCUUUGAGUUACUUACAUUAGUUGUUAUUGAACCAGAAAGUUGCCGAACACCUAUUGAUAUUGUUGUACAUAAAAGUAGUAAGUUAACAUUUUAGAUUAAAUGCCCGGAUAUUACCUGUCUGCGUACAUCUAAUUGAAACUGUGAUCUCGUUUGAUUUGAAAUAAAGCUAAUGAUGAACU